GAAAACCGAAAACAAAAUACCAAAACCCAGUGAUUCCGAUUCUAGAGGGUUUACUCAGAUGGCGAAAUCUUGCAAGGGUCUAGCUAUGGAGCUCGUCAAGUGUCUCAGCGAAUCUGAUUGUGUCAAGGUUGAGAAUCGCUCGUUUAGAGAGUGCGCUAAAGAGAAGAGUCCCUUAAUCUCUAGUGAGUGUGUUGGACUCAGAGAAACAUAUUUUAAUUGCAAGAGAGGCCAGGUUGACAUGAGGGCGAGAAUUCGAGGGAAUAAAGGCUACUAAUUCAAUGUUUUUGUAGCAUGACUCGAAAUUGCUAAAACGAUUUUGCAACAAAUUUCUUACUGUCGUCGGAGACUGCAGCACGUUUACACUACUAAUGAUAGUGUGAGGUUUCUGUUGGGAAGCUUUUGUGUAAUGUGUCCAAGUUUAUGUAAUAUGAUUGGAUUAUUUUGAUGAAUAAAUAGAGUCAACCAUAUACUGUAAAUGUAUAUACAUUUACUUA